AUGAGUCACUAUACUUAUCUUGGAGAUAGCGGGCUUCAAAUUUCCCGUGUUAUUGUGGGGUGUAUGUCUUUUGGGUCGAAGAAGUGGAAUGAAUGGGUAAUUGAGGACGAGGAUAAGAUUUUUGAAAUUCUAAAACAUUGUUACGAUAAGGGCAUCAGAACAUUUGACACUGCCGAUUCCUAUUCUAAUGGGGAAAGUGAACGUUUAUUGGGCAAGUUCUUGAAGGUUUAUAAUAUUCCCAGAGAAAGCGUAGUGAUUUUUUCCAAGGUGUUCUUUCCCUUAGGAGAUAAUGAAAAGGGCUUCAACUAUACCACUAGAGCGCAAUUCCCCCAACACGAGCUGAUCAAUCGUCAAGGCUUGUCCAGAAAGCAUAUCAUCGACGGUGUGCGAUCAUCCGUUGAAAGGUUAGGGACUUAUAUUGAUUUGCUGCAGAUUCAUAGAUUGGAUCCAAAUGUGCCCCCUAAAGAGAUCAUGAGAGCCUUGAACAAUCUGGUAGAGAGUAACCAAGUUCGAUACCUGGGGGCCUCAACUAUGAAAACUUGGCAAUUUGUCAACUUGCAAAACAUAGCAGAACAGAAUGGAUGGCACAAGUUUAUUUCAAUGCAGAACUACUACAAUCUCCUCUACAGGGAGGAAGAGCGUGAAAUGAACGACUACUGCAAACAUAAUGGUGUUGGUUUGAUUCCUUGGUCUCCUAAUGCCAGAGGGAUAUUAACCAGACCUUUGAAAACUCUGACAACCAGAGCAACCACCGAUGCAGCAAUCAAGAUGGUAGGUCUGGACUCUUUAUCGCCAGAGAGUGAAGAGAUAAUCAACAGAGUAGAGAAACUAGCAUCGAAGAAAAACGUCUCCAUGGCUGUUAUCUCUACCGCUUGGGUUCUUCAUAAAGGUUGCAAUCCAAUUAUUGGAUUUUCCAAACCUUCGAGAGUCGAUGAAGCGUUGGAGGCUCUGGACUUGGAACUGCUGCCAGAAGACAUCCAAUUCCUGGAAGAGCCUUAUCGGGCAAACAAUGAUCUGUUUGGGUGA